AUGUCCCAUGGCGCGCUGCUCACCAACGCGGAAAGGCAACGACAACAUCUAACUCCCUCCAGCAGAUGCGCUCGCUGCAAGGAGGCGGACGAGACUCCGGAGCACACUUUCCGGACGUGCAAGUACGCCCAACAAGUUUGGAGGCAGACCGUCCCGGACGCAGCUUCACCGUCGGAUCGUAGAAGCCUCAAAGAUUGGUUCUUUCAUUUCCUCAAGCAUCCCGCGAAGCAGGUUCGUUUUGGCUUUACCUGCUGGUUCUUAUGGCGCUCGAGGAAUGACUAUGUCUUUUCAGCCAUUGAGGAGCCCUCUAGUAAGUUAUCGCAAAGGAUCCUAGCCUGGGAGAUCAUUGCGCAAAAAAGUAAGGCAGCGGAACAAACCAUUUCACUGGGGAGGUCGGGACUGAGUCGAGACGUGGUUGUUGGGUGGAGACCAGCCCCGACAGGGUGGAUCACAGUGAACUCGGAUGGUUCGCUUCUGCGACCGUCCGAGUCUACCGCUGCAGGUGGUGCGCUUAGAGAUGGGCAGGGUCGCUUACUAGGGGCUUUCUCAAUGAAUCUGGGAAGAUGUACCAUUACUCGAGCGGAGAUCUGGGGUGCUCUUCGUGGACUGCAGAUGGCGUGGGAUUCUGGUCACAGAAGGGUCGAGCUACAGCUAGACUCUAUCACAGCCAUCAGUCUCCUAUCGCCAGGCUCGCCAACCAACCACCAGCAUGCUAACCUAGUCAUCCAGUUUAGGGAGCUACUGGGAAGGGACUGGGAGGUGGUCAUACGUCACAUAUAUAGGGAGGCUAACUUUUUAGCCGACUGUCUUGCGCAUAAGGGUCACCUGUUAGACCCUGGAACUUGCUCUGUUACCUGUAUGGAUCCGGAUAUUGAACGUUGGCUCCUGUAUGACUCGGUUGGCGGUUUUGUAGUCCGCGAGGUUAAUUAA